CACAUCUAGAGAUUAUAUAGUGCCAGGUACACUAGGCAAGCAUCUCAGCACAGAAAAAGUCACGAAAGGCCAUCUAUUUUUUGGGGGGGGGGCAGGGGCGUGAUUUAAAGGUCCUGAGGACACAGCUCUCUUUAAUAACGUCUCACAGUAAGGCAUAGUCACAUGAGAGGCUAUCUAUUUGUUGGGCGAUUUGAAGUUCUAAGGACACAACUCUCUCGUAGCUUCCCACCACAGGGAAAGUCGAAUGAGAGGCCAUCUAGUAAUCAAGUGAUAGAAAGUUCUGAUAACACAAUUCUCUCUCAUAGCGUCUCUCUUGGAUUCUUACUUAAUCCCCUACUAACUCUCAUAAAUCUGUGGCAAGCCUUCGCAUCAGGAUAUGUAGUUUAUGAUAUAACGAAGUUGCUAGCCUUUUUUCUGUUACAUAUCUCACGUGAACCGGAGGAGAGAGAAGCUGUGUUGAGUCUCGCAUUGGAGGCCCAAUAUUGCAGGGGUUAUAUGGGCUACUGGUCUCCCAGCCUCACCAGCUACCCUCUUCAAAUAUGGCCUACCGCGAGGAUAUGAGUAUUUGUCUUAUGUCAUAUUCCUCAUAUGCUACCUAUAUACUAUGGGGACCUUGGAUCCGCAGUUGAUAGGCUCAAACAAAAAUGAAGCUAAUGCCGCAUACCGGGUUACGGGAAUCCCUAUAGACUACAAGCAGAAGCAAGUCAAGUCCCUACUCCAAACGGUCUUGCAACUUGACAAGGCUGGGAACUCGGUCAAACUCAGGUCGAUCGCUAUCAGUCCGAACCGGAGGACCAGGGUGGCUACAGUAUGCUUUAGCUGCCUGCCGAUACUCCUCCCCCCAAGGGCCGAUGGAGAAUGGCAUUUUCCUAUACCCACUGAAAAUAAUAGUGAAAAUAGUAGCACUGAUGAUGACGACGAUAUAAUUCCCCAAGAGCAAAUCAUUACAGUUGAUUCACAUUUCAAAGGCAUCACAGUACUUCGAUCUUUCAGUAAGUUAGAUGAACACAAGAUAGACAUUAUUGCAAUCUCAGGACUUAGGGGACAUGCAUUUGGGUCAUUUAAAGCGCGAGAUGGGCAACAUAUGUGGUUGUGUGACUCACUACCCCGAGGUCUUCUAGGUGCCCAAAUCAUGAUAUACGGCUACGACACUCAACUUCAUGGCAGUGCUUCUUUUCAAGAUAUUAAAUCAUUAGCGAGCUCGUUCCGAGCAAGCAUCGCUGCUCAGAGGGCACCAGGCUCGACCAAUUCCCAAAUGAAAACAGUGCCCUUGAUAUUUAUAGCCCAUAGCCUUGGGGGAUUAAUCGUUAAAGAGGCAAUGAUACAAAUGAAGAACGAUAAGAAACACCAGGACGGCGGUCUUUUCUUUAGCGUCCCAAGCCAAGGCAUGGAGGUAGCUUCUCUUGUACCAAUGGUUGCAGGUCAGCCAAACCAAGCUCUACUUCACACUCUCGGAAAGGAGUCACAUUUCCUUCGAAAUCAGUCUCGAGACUUCCCUAAGGCAUUUGACAGAAAAGAUUCAGAAAUAUUCUGCUACUACGAAACCGAGAUGUUGCAAACAGCAAAAUUUAUAGAAAACAAUGUAUGGAAUAUGGGGGGACCGCUUUGCAUCUUAGUUGAUAGCUCUUCCGCAAGACAUACCCGCCCGUGGGAGAACGAAGCCCAUAAUUGCAUAGGAAUGAAGAGAGAUCAUUCAACGUUGGUUAAAUUCACUCCGAACGAUAGCGACUAUGACGAAGUUCUUGCGAAGCUAAAUUGCAUGACGUUAACUGCUAUGAGCACUAUCCCUCGUGGUAUCAAAGGGCAGCUGAAUCUAAAAAAGUUAACUGAAAAGGAGAAAAAGGCUAUCGAAGACUCAUUGAAGUUCAAUUAGAAGAAGACGCGGUUCUUUAAUAUCGAGACAGCAACUAGCACAACGUGCGAUUGGCUGUUUUCCACACCUGAAUACGACUAGUGGCUUGACAGUAAUCUUGUCUCCGAACAUAAUGGUUUCAUCUAGAUUAAAGGGAAGCCAGGAUCUGGAAAGUCGACGAUUAUGAAGCUCGCUGUCGAAGCCGCUACUAAUGCGGCGUUGCCAUCUACAGUUAUCACGUUCUUCUUCAACGCGCGAGGAGCUGAACUUGAAAGGUCAAUACUAGGAAUGUACCGCUCAGUCUUACUCCAAUUAAUCUCGAAAACCCCAACUAUCCUAGAUGACCUCUCACAUCUACUCUCCUUCAAGAUAAAGCAUAGCGAGGUCUAUGAGUGGAAUAUUGGCGAGCUCUAGGCGAUUCUAAUUACAAUUAUGAAGACACCUCAAGAGUAUCCAGUUAUGUGGUUUAUCGACGCACUUGACGAAUGCAAGGACGAUGAGGUGCUUAAAUUAGUCAAAUUCUUCGAGAACAUCGGGCAUACUGCAGUGUCAUUAGGAUCACCUCUGCACAUAUGCCUAUCGACGCGCCACUAUCUAAAUAUCCUGAUUCGGUGGGGUGUUAAAUUAACCCUCGAGAAGCAAUAUAGCCAUAAUCAAGACAUUAUGACAUACAUCGACAGCGAAUUCAGAGUGCCCUACAGCCCACACGUAGCUCUUAUUAAGUGUGAAUUGUGCAGCAGAUCAUCGGGGG